UGAAGGGAUCGGCUAACAUCCGCUUCCUGUUAGCCUUCGCCACCCUGCCACAUUUUCCUCCGUUCUCUCUUCUAUUUGAAAUAUAAAAGACACUUUACAUCAGACAUGGCGGACGGCGUCUAUAAGAAACUACAAGCCGAAGUAGAAAAGUAUACACGCAUGCAGAAAGAUGUUAGUAAAAGCAUGUCAGCCAGGCAGAAGCUGGAGACUCAGCUGACAGAGAACAACAUAGUCAAAGAGGAGCUCGACCAGUUGGACUCCACAAACACCAUUUAUAAGCUGAUCGGCCCCGUUUUAGUGAAGCAAGACCUGGAUGAGGCCAAGGCCACGGUCGGGAAAAGGCUGGAGUAUAUCAAUGGAGAAAUUCAGAGGUACGAGACGGUCCUGAAGGACAUGGAGAAGAAGUGUGAGCAGCACCGAGAACUCUUGACCAGUCUGCAGCAGGAGUACCAGAAAGCCCAGGGAAUGACUGCCUGAGCGCACGCACGCACGCACACACACUCACACUCACAAACAUACACACACAACACACGUAAACCCACACCCCGAGGAGGACGAGCCUCUGCUUGUUUCAGUGCUUUGCAGUGUUAUUACUGUGACUUUCUGUUGUUAAUAAUAAACAUGUUUUCCAUGAA